AUGACCAACUCGUCGGUUCCGCUCGAAGCGCUGGAUCUGACUCAUGUUCUUUAUGACCCGGCGUCGAAUCUAGGUCUUGCGUUGGCACUCGUCACGCUCUCUCCUAUUCUUCUCAUGGCUUGUUAUGGGGCGCUGAGUAUCGUCACGCGGGAUUUUCUAAUCAUCAAUAUGUGGGUCGGCCAGUUUGGUUGCGAGGCCGCCAACUGGGUACUCAAACAUGCGAUUAAAGAGGAACGACCGUCUCACCUGCUCGGCGGAGGGUACGGGUUCCCCUCAUCGCAUUCUCAAUUCAUGGGCUUCUUUGCUUCUUUCAUGAUCCUACACUUACAUCAUCGACACCAAUUUGGAUCAACCGGCAUUCGCUUGCUGGACCUGCUAUGGGCCGCAUGUGCAGCGCUGUCUGCGCUGGAUCGUCAACGACGUCCCUCGUCGAUGCAGACGCGAAAUCAAGCCCAGCCGGGUUUGGUAGAGAGCGUGUCUUCGUCUGUCGCGCUCGCUCACGGCUCUCGCCAGCCCCUUUCGCAGUCGCCCCCCGAGUCUGGAUGCUCGUUUGUUUUCACCUCUUCAAAGAUUGGUCGUUUUAAUCUCAAGAUCGUCGAUCCUCCCGCCAUUUUGCCCCGUCCUCUCCACAGAAGCCCGCCCCCGCAAUCCACGUCCUCGUCCACCGACUCUUGUGUCCUCACACCCGUCCAGGUCAUGACACAUGCAUACGGGUCUGUUCAUGCCCUCCCAGAAUCAUCCUCGUUUCGCAGGCAGCAGUCCGACAGCAGACCUUCGCCUAUUCGGACGCUUAGCUUCUUUCCUGAUCACCCAUCAAGAGGACCACCGCUCAACUCAAAUCCUUUGCUCUACAACAGGCGGAAAUCGCAGGUGGGAAUCAGCUUUUACACCGACGCCGUCCGCGGUCGCUUCUCCGGAAACUCGUCCCCCAUCUGGACACCGUACAGCGAACCUCCGAUGCGAUCGAUCUCAAUGAAAGCAUCGCUCUCGCAAAGUACCGUGAGUGAUCCAUCCCCAGUACUACCGAGCGUCGACGAGUCGCCUGCCAUUCGCCCACAACCGGCGAGCAAAGAGGACAAGCAAGAGAGUGAAGGAACCGACGACGAAUGUGCAAUUCACGACACGGAUGAGGUCUCGUCUUACUUUGCGUUCAAGCCGGUUGGGAUGCCAAGCAUCCCCAUGGGCUAG